UUCACAGUGUGGACGAAUUUUGUGCGUAUUUUCUUCAUGCAAUCUUUAGGUUGUGUGAAGACGGUUUAAUAAAAGUUAAAAUCAUUUUUACUUUGGAUUGUUAUUAUUCUCCUGAUUCAAGAUGUCUAUAGAAAACUUUUGCAUUGUGACUGCUAUUCCAUUUCAUCUAGCGAGGUUGCAAAACAGUGCUGUGCAUAUUUCAAGAACUGCAGCUAUGGGCAUUAGAGAAAUGUCCUGCAACGAUAACAUAAGCAACCAAAAGAAAAAGAAGCGUGAUGGUCGUUCUCUCAGUGAAAAAAUUCAAUCAAGAAAACAAAGGAAUAGGGAGGCAUCUGUAGCUUCUCGGCAAAGACAAAAAUUUUAUGAAGAAUCUUUGAAGAAGAGAAUAGCAGAUCUUCAAGUGGAGACUGCCAAAUUACUACUGGAAAACAAGGAACUUCAAACCAAUUUUUCGAGUUUAGAAAGUGAAAAUUUCUUGUUGAAGAAAUCGCUGGAAGACUCGGGUUCAAACCGAGUCCUGGACUGGAGGGAUGUGGAGGAGACUCUCAGACAUGCAUGGUUUGUUAACAUUCCUCAGCUGAAGGAAUGGGUCUUCACACAUCUUUUCCUGCCUCUGUUGGCAAUAUUUGUGGAGAGCAUCAAGAUCAACUUUCCAGUGCUGAACACUUACCAGCUCCACCUUCCGAGUCUCUUGCUGAUUUGGAGGAGCCGCGACGAGUCCCCACCGGCAGCGAUUUCCCACCCUUGGAGGAUGAUAUUUUCUUCAACUCACUAUCCGAUGAUGAUUUCUUAAUGAAGUGGGAUAUCAGUUCAGUGGCAUCUGACAAUGAUAGUUUCAACAGUAACAAUCAUAAACGGAGUAAAGAGCCAAAUGUAAAUAUAUCAAGUGUGAAAGUGGAUGAUAUGCAGCUUCCAAAAAUGUGGGACUUUGGAGAUAUAUUUGAAGACGAAACUGAGAAUAGUUUUGUAUAUUUUUCUUAAAAGAACCUUUAAACUGUGUCUGUUAAGAAAAUCUCUUAUUAAUUCAUCAAAUUAUCAAAUUUAUGAUGAUCUGUGCAUACAUUUUAGUGUUAAGUCACAUCUUCACCAACACAUUGUAAUGAUGUUUGACUAAUUUAUUGAAAUCAUAAUUGUACAAAAUAUUAAUUUAAAUUUUAUGAAAAUCAUUAAUAUAAAAAAACUUGAUUUACUGACAUUUGACGUCUUCCUCAUGGGAAAAAUGUUUAAAUUACUGUAAUGAUUUUCUGGGGUACAGCUUUUUAAAAAUACAGCCUUGAAAAAAUUUACGUACAUCCCCUAUGUAGAUGAUGAUGAUAAAUUAUUUUCUUGUUUUGAAAACAAAAUAGUCAAGAGAUGUUAAUAAGACAGUCCUGGGAUUUUAAAUAUGCAUUGGAAAGUUAGUUUUGUGAAAAAGAGUCUGCUAACAGUGAAUAAAAGUUGCUUAUUAAAUGGUUAACCUUCAAGAGUGGCUUUCUAUUCACUACAUGUUGAAAGUUUUAUAUGUUACACUUGUAAUUUAUUUGUACAAUUCCAAAGAAAACAAUUGUGCUUUUAUAUGUAUAAUGUAUGUGUUUGAAUUCUGAAUUUGAUUUAAUAAUUUAAAUAAUUGUGGAUCAUGCUACAAGCAUUUAUAUAGAGUUAGAACUGUUCUAUUCUUGAGCAUUUGCAUUUUAUGUCUGUAAUAUAUUGUACAUACCAAAUCAUCUCUGUUUGCUGUGAUCAUUUUUUGUAAUAAAUAUUUAUAAGA